CCUGGACUUUCUAUAUAUCCCCAGGUUCCCAUGAACCAUAUGAGGAGAACUAUAAUUCCAUGUUCUCCCCGCCUCUCUCUCACCUCCCCCCUCCAUAUCUUCAAUCAUUAGAGCUUCGCACUUCAGCCGCAUCUAACGCACUUUCAUUCACAUCUCCAACCCCACUCUAAGACACCAUGGCUGCUCCCCCAGAAGUCACCAUCAAGGACCUCACGGGCACCUUUGUCAUGAACAAAACGCUCUCCGACGAUCCAGACCCCGUGCUCGCGCUCCAGGGCGUCGGCUGGCUGACGCGCAAAGCCAUCGGGCUGGCGACCGUCUACCUGCACGUCAAGCAAUACACCGACGAAGCCGGCGUCGUGCACAUCGACAUUGACCAGACGGCCACGGGCGGGCUCAAGGGCACUUCGGAGCUGCGCGCCCUGGACUGGGUCGAGCGUCCCCACAGCGACCAUAUCUUCGGCCAGCUGAAUGGGAAGACGCGGUGGAUCAAGAUCGAGGAUGUCGACGAUGACUUUUUGAACCAGGGCUUCUUGGAGGACGACGCUGAGAAUGGAGGCCCCGCCGGGGAGCGCCACGUCGAGAGUUUGGUCGUCUCCGAUAAGGGCUGGACGGCGCGCCAGAUCUGGGGCUUUGCUACGGUGGAGGGGGAGAGGUACUAUAUCAGGAGAAUAGUGGUCUCCAAGGGUGAUAAGUCAAUCAAGAUUAGACUCGUGUACAAUUGGCAGAAGAAGUAG